AUGGAACGGAAAUUCAAGAAAUUCUUGUCCGCUUCCUCGAUUGACGACCCGUUGCCUCCAAUCGUUUCCGGAAAUUUAUCCGAUGGCGAGCUUCAACAACAAUUUAACGCAUGUGUGUCUUAUGUGUCUCCAAAUUUGGAUUCCGAAUUUGCCGCUGAAGAGAGCAUAAUUUCGCCCAAGGUGCGAAUAAUUACAUUUCCAGAAAUCCCGGGACUGAUAUAUGCUCCAUCAAUGAUACGGUCAAAAAGUCAGCUGCCUUUAUUGGUCUCUAUAAUGAAGGAUGGCAUGAAACCAAAUUCAUCAUCCAAUUUGGAUCUCCUAUUUCAGGAGGGAGGCAGUUUGGGGACUAAAGCGAAGCCAAACGCGCUUGCUGCCAUUCCAACGGAGGGGCUUUUCUCCAAGAUUCUUUCACAAACAUGGGAAGCCUCUGAUGCAUUAAUUUCGCUGUUCAGGAGAUAUAGAUGGGUUGCCUUGGGGGUACAAUAUGACUGGACAACCAAGGAAUAUUCAUGGGAGGCACCGCCUUCGCCUAUCCCUGCAGAAUUGGCAAAGCUUUCAACGGAAAUUUGUACAGUACUUGUAGGAUCUUCUGGAAUCAAUUACAAACCCCAGGCUGGGAUUAUCAAUUUUUACCGCCCAGGCGAUACAUUGACUGGGCACGUCGAUCGAUCAGAGCCGGACGACCAGUCCCCACUCGUCUCCAUAAGCAUUGGUCUUGAUUGUAUUUUUCUUGUGGGCGGCCCUACCAGAGACGACUCUGUACUCCCAUUUCGGCUGUCAAGUGGAGAUGUUUUGCUGCUCAUGAGGGAAUGCCGUAGAAAUUAUCAUGGAGUUCCAUUGGUAAUUCCUGGAUCACUGCCACAAUGCCUCAAAGCCUCUGCACUUGAUGGAUGUGAUAUUUCCGAGGAAGAGUCCCUGGCAUUACGAUUAAUAGAUGAUGCUCGCAUUAACGUCAACAUCAGGCAGGUUUGGCCUUCGUAG